GACCACUGCGCAGAACCCAUGAUUACCCUUCCUCACGCGAUCACGCUCCCAGUCCCCAGACUCUCUCUAAUCAAGUCAACCUGUUAUCAUAAGAAAGCAAAACAGGGAGAGAAAUGGCGGCUGCGAAUACGAUGAACAACGGGCAAGGCAACAACGCUAGCAGCCUUCCGGCGAUGCCACCGACGAGGCAGACGGUGCCGUCUGCUAAGUCCGUCGACACCCAAUCCGUUCUCAAAAGGCUGCAAUCUGAACUGAUGGCCCUGAUGAUGAGUGGUGAUUCAGGAAUAUCAGCUUUCCCUGAAGAAGACAACAUAUUUUGCUGGAAAGGGACGAUCACGGGUAGCAAAGACACGGUGUUUGAAGGAACAGAAUACAGGCUUUCUCUGGCCUUUCCAAAUGAGUAUCCAUUCAAACCGCCCAAGGUUAAGUUCGAGACAGGUUGUUUUCAUCCCAACGUUGAUGUGUAUGGGAACAUAUGCUUGGACAUCCUUCAGGACAAAUGGUCAUCUGCUUAUGAUGUGAGGACUAUACUGCUCUCUAUUCAAAGUUUGCUUGGAGAACCAAACACAAGCUCGCCUCUAAACACUCAGGCAGCAUCGCUGUGGGGCAAUCAACAAGAAUACAGAAAGAUGGUUGAGAAGCUAUACAAACCAGCUGUGUAGAUUUUAGCAUCUUGAAGCUCAUUGGUGCCGCAAAGAGAUGUUUGUCGAGGAGGGGGUCACAAUCCUGUGGAGCUUUCCUUCUAUUUUUUUUUAUUGUUUAAUUUUUGGUCUGAAGAGUAAGGAAAAUACAUGUAUGCAAGGAUAAUGAAUUGAGGGUGUUUCCAAAGGCAAUGCAAUUUACAUAAAAACCGCAAAAUACAAUUUUUGGUUA